UGAGUGAGUGAGAGAGAGAGAGAGUGUGUGUGAGAAAGAGAGAGAGAAAGAGAGAGAAAGAAAUGGGAUAACGACACACUGAAAAGCUUUUGCCUCCUAUCGUAAUGACGACUUUUCACUCGCGUUAUAUCACUGCAAUUGGCCUAAUUGAUCACGGAUCCUAUUAUCUCUUUGACCUUUCUUCCCUCGAAUCUAUAAAUUUUUCAUAGCACGCUACUUCCGCUACGUACGUCAACAUCGUAAUGGAACUGCGUGGGGGAAAAAAAGAAAGAAAGAAAGAAAGAAAAAAAAUGAAAUAUCGCGAGGUCGAAUUUGUUAAUUAUUGAUUAAUUUCCAUUUGUCAUUUUGGAUUUUGCACGAAUUUCGCACGUGCAAACUGAGCGAAACUGUGCAAACGAACUGAGCGUACAAAUAAUUAUUUCUACGAUAAUAGGCGAACGUAAGAACGUAAUCCUGGAACGUAAUCUAUCACUUUUCUAAUCGAAAAUUUUUAUCUUGAUAAUGGGAUAAUGGGAUUAACACAAGUUUUUUUCCACGUUCGUCACAAUCAAUCGUGAAUUAACUUCGCGAUUCGAAGAAAUUGUGCCGCAGUUGCAUUACGAUUAGUACGCCAACUUUUCAAUUCGACAUAGUACAAAAACGUUUGCAAAGUUGAAACAACUCGAUGAACAAAAUGCGUACAUAUAAUUUGGAGAACAACUAGAAACUCGAACGAUUAAAUUUGCGACACUGUUCGUUUAUUAAUUUCAAAGAGUACGAGUACGAGAUUCCGGUUGUUGUCGAUCACGAAUUUCUUUAAGAAAAAUGCGCGAUUCAAUGAAAUGCACAAGAAGUGAAGAAGAAGGAAAAAAAAAAAAAAAAAAAGAAAACAAAAAAACACGCGUAUGUCCUUUCAUCGUAAACAAUAUCUUGACCAAUUAAAUACUAAGCUAGCAUGGAUGUAUAACUCACACUGAGAUAAAUGUUAACCAGUUACCUGCGUAAUACUCAAUGUUAAGUGUCGAACUGAUGCUCGUUCAGAUUUUCUCGACGACUGUCCUCGCUCGUGUGAACCUCACGAUUUUCUUUCUUCCAUUUGCGCGAAAAAAAAAAAAAAAGAAAACGAAACAUUGCCAACGACUGUCUGCCAAUCAUCGUUUACGCGAAUUUUUUAACAAACGAAAAAUGAUAAAAAAAUGAAACGAACGGAACAAAACGAAAAAGAAAGAAAGAAGGAACAAAAAAAAAAAAAAAGUGAAAAGACAUUCCACGCCCAUUUUUUUAGACGAUCAACGAAAACGAAACAUUGUUUGACUGCCAUAUACGUAUUUUUAUGAUAAUUUUAUAGACGUGAAAACGGGGUGGGCCGAACGAUCAGGCACCAUUCCGCGUUCGAUACAAUCUAUCACGAUUCGAGUGAAGUAGUUUCCGUUUUUUCUAUAUGCGACUUUUCUUGUAAUCUAUCCUGGUGAAAAAAGAGAAAAAAAAAAAAAAAGAAGAAGAAGAAGAAGGGAAAAAAGGAAAAAUGCAACUACACGACACACGUAUUGAUACGCGAACAAAUUAUUGUCACAGCUAAUAUGUGUGUAUUUUUUCUUUGUUGUAUAACGUAUCCGCCGUGUAGAAGAGUAGCAAACCCCCGCUCCAGCUCCCCACCCCUUCUCUGAUGCGAUCAUUGUUGCAAUCGAUAUCCCACAAGUAUGUUGUAGUAAUAUACACUUCUUACUAUCGAAAAUAA